GAGUGAAAUGAUCGAAGAGGGAUUGGCGGAGGCUCGAGCAGCGAUCCGACAAGCGAUCGUAACCCGAAACUACACGUCGGAAAAGGAGGAGAGUUUCAUACCUAGAGGAAGGGUUUACAGAAACGCAUACGCUUUCCAUCAGAGUCAUAUUGAGAUGAAGAAGAGGUUGAAAAUAUGGACGUACAAAGAAGGAGAGCAGCCAUUGGUCCAUGAUGGGCCGAUGAAACACAUAUACUCAAUCGAAGGCCAUUUUAUUGACGAAAUGGACAGUGGAAAAAGCCCAUUUUCGGCCCAUGAUCCAGAAGAGGCCCAUGUAUUUUUCUUGCCCAUAAGUAUCGUUUACAUUGUGGAUUACAUCUACAAGCCCAUUACGACUUACGCACGUGACCGUCUCGUUCGUAUAUUCACGGAUUAUGUGAGGGUGGUAGCUAAUAAGUACCCUUACUGGAACCGUACACGUGGAGCAGAUCAUUUCAUGGUCUCCUGCCAUGAUUGGGCGCCGGAAGUAACAAAAGAAGAUCCUAACCUCUUCAAAUAUUUCAUCAGAGUUCUUUGCAAUGCCAACACAUCCGAAGGCUUCAAUCCAAUGCGAGAUGCAUCCUUGCCCGAGAUUAACUUACCUCCAACUUUCCACCUCAAUCUUCCUCGAUCAGGCCAACCGCCUCAGAACCGCUCCAUUCUAGCCUUCUUCGCCGGCGGAGCACACGGAUUCAUCCGCCACGUCUUAAUGCAGCAUUGGAAAGACAAAGACGAUGAAAUCCAAGUCCACGAGUACCUUCCUCCAGCCAAAAACUACACCGAAUUGAUCGAUCGAAGCAAAUUCUGCCUCUGCCCUAGCGGAUACGAAGUUGCAAGCCCUAGGUUAGUGGAAGCAAUCCACGGCGGUUGUGUACCGGUGAUAAUCUCGGAUUAUUACUCCUUGCCGUUCGAUGAUGUGCUGGAUUGGAGCAAAUUCUCGAUGCGGAUUCCGUCGGAGAGGAUUCCGGAGAUCAAGAAAAUCUUGAGAGGAGUUUCGAUGAAGAAGUACUUGAAAUUGCAGCGAGGAGUGAUGAAAGUGCAGAGACAUUUUGAGAUUCAUCGGCCGGCGAAGGCGUUUGAUAUGUUUCAUAUGGUGCUUCACUCCGUCUGGCUUAGACGACUCAAUGUAAAGCUUACACAUUGAUUUGGUAUUGGUUUUGCUUUGUGGAAUUAUACUCGAUAGAUAUACAGUGCAGAGAGAAAAAUAGUUAUCUAAAAUUAAAGAAUUCAAAAGAAAAGGGAAAAUAUUGGAAUUACCAUAAUGCCCCCUGAAAUGCCCAUGCCAAUGCAAAAUUAUGUGGUAUGCUUGUCUUUUACAAUAUUCUUAGUGGAAAUAUUCCCCUAACACUAUUUAAGAGACUCAAUAAGUAAUAACUAUUUCUUUUGAAUACUUCUUAUUCUCUUUGAUCAGCAAAUACAGCAAACUCGGUUUUUAAUA